AUGAGAGCGAAAAUCUACGUGAAGGACGGGAACGUCGCUGGCCGCCGAGAACACGUGGAACACUAUUUCGAGACGCUGCGUUUGGACGACGUGGAUACGCUUAAGUUUACGCUGCACACAUAUGAACGUAUGCAAAAGAGCAAAGGCAAUCUCCCGAUCAGUUCAGGAAAGUUCCGCUCACGAUUAGCGUCGCCAUACUCUCCGAGUCCAUCCAAACCGGCCCGAGCUGUGCGUGCAAUCCACGUGGGGGGCGAGAGCAGUUCGUCGGAAUCAUAUAUAAGCAGUGCGGAAUCAGACGACGAACAACGACGUGUUUACAGCGCCAGAGCAGCCUACCAUAUGAAGGACCGGGGAAAUGAUCGUCCGACCAAGCCAAGAUCGAACGACCGUGAACGUGAUCACGAGCGUGCAGAAGGGCACAAGUCGUGCACUCAUUGUGGGUCCAAAAGACAUGAUGAAAGGGGAUGCUGGAAGCGACUGACUUGUCAGAAAUGCGGGCGCCGAGGUCACCCCUUCGACAAGUGUUUCUACGGAUGCGCAGCGUGUGGAGAAGUGCACGACGGGGCAACUGCCCGAUGA